AGUCCUGAGAGACAGGCAGCAGGAGCACACAUGAGGGAUACACACUCUCUCAAGCCUCUUCUUUUAUGAACGCUCCAUGUAAAGAUAUGAGGAAAGAGAUGUUGUUAAUUUGACAAACCUGGUGUAAAGCUUCACUUUUGGACAAAUACACAAGGAUGCACUGAACUUUUGAUACUAUGGCUCGAUUUUACAGCUGCUUUGGGAAUAAAAAGUAAGACUGUCAUAACGGAACCCUGGAAGUUAAGACAUGAAGCGUCGGACGUCAUCACAGAACCCUGGCAUUGGAGGCAGUCCAAGUGAUUGUGACAUCAUGGCCUCAGGAUCUCCAGAUGUCACAGCCGCUAAUGAACCAUCAGAAGCCACAGAAGAGUGUUCAGGGAAGAAGAAGUCCAAAUUUCAGACGUUCAAGAAUUUUUUCGUGAAGAAAAAGAGGAAGGAAAGUCUGUCUCCGUCGAGUGAGAGUGGAUUGAAGGCCAGUCAAUCUAGUGAUGACGUUAACACUUCAGAGCCAAGUAUCAGCCAUGCUAAAAGCGACAAUGACCCAGGCUCCAAGAUCAACUUGGGAAACAAAGCCAUGUCACAUGACAGUGUCUUCGUCUCUGAUUCGCCGUCUUCAGAGAAUAACGAAGGUCUGGGCACAUCACAGGACAGCUUACAUGGAAAAGUGAAAUCCUUACAGCUGCAGCUGAAGCAAGCCAUUCGUCUGGGUUCUCCACCGGCACUGCUCUGUGGGAGGAAAGCGGAGGACACUGGGGCUUUUUCUGAAGAUGAUGGUCUUCCCUGCAGCCCGCCAGACUACUCCAGCCUCCACACUGUACUGGCUACACCUCUUCACACGUCGGUGGAUUUGACCCAGAGUUCCCUGAGCAUGGAGGCAUCAGACAGUGAAGAUGAUCAGAUGUCUUAUGAUGCAUCUUCAAGACCCUCGACCCCUCAAGUAUCUGUCCCGGUGGACUUCAGUCUUCCUGCCAGCUCUGUGUCCUGCUUAAACAGUUCAGCUGCCCGUCACCGCAUCGCCGUCAAAGCUAACGCUCGUGCCAAGAGAAAGCCUGCCAGCAGGCAAAUGCUGGACAAGGGAAGAGACCUGAGGGAAAAACUACUGCUCAGAGACACAGAGGACAAACUGCGGAUGGUUACAAGUAUUGGAGAACAUGAAUGUGAAGACAAUGAAUCCUUUGCUUCUGAACACGAGGAUGAGGAAAUGACUGACUCCGGGCAGAUUCAGAAAACCUCUCCUAAAUCCUCCAUCUCAGCUGGAGACGACUCUGAAGGAGAGGAAUGUGAUCACGUCCCCGAAUCCGAGGUCCCACAAUCCUCUUGGGAGAUUCCUGUAACACUUGAGCUGCAAGCUCAUGAUGAUGCUGAUGACUUCCUGUUGGACACAGGAUGUGAGGUCGUUCCUGAAGAGCAGGGGUCACUGCUGGAGGAAGUGCUGAGCUCCCUGAAGAGCCCUCUUGCGUCAGGACUCACACUAGAGCAUGAGAACGUCAGUCUUCAGAGUGAGGUCGAAGACGCAAAUAGCAAGAGCAUUGUUGCUCAGCUUGAAGAUGAAGACAGCAAAGAUCUCCUCAAUCCCUCAGAGCCAGCAGUGGCCAUGAAUGAACAAGCUCCACCACCCGACUCGCUCUCUGAAUCAUCUGUAGAUUCUGGAGAAAUCUCAGAGGAGACCACAGAGGAGGAGGAGCUGCUGGAGUUCAUCGGUGAAGAGUCUGUAGAACCAAGUCAUUCACAAGUGCCUGAAGAACAUGAGGAGAAACGAGUACACAAUGCUGAGAGUGCCAGAGAAGAUGAAGAGCUUUUAGAAUCGCCAGUCGCUUUUAUAGACAAUGUGAAAGAAAGUGAUGUUACUGAAGAUGAAGCUGAAUUGGAAAUCCAAGAUGGUGGAGAUGAUGGAGAGCGUGGCGAUGAUGGAGAUAGUGGAAAUGAUGGCGAUAGUGGAAAUGAUGGAGAUAGUGGAAAUGGUGGAGAUGAUGGAGAUGAUAAAUUGACGGAGGUUGAACCUGAGAAAAGCGAAGACUCUACAAAUGAUGUUGAACCUCAAGAAGAUAAACCAAGUUCUCCAGAGCCUGAAAACCAUGAAGCGUCAGAUGAUGAAAGAGACUUAGUGGUGCUCAAAGUGGAGAACGUGCAUGAACCUGAUCACACAGAGAGAGAUGAUGUCUGGAGGUCAACAGAAACCAGUGAUGAGCCUGAAGCCUCUAAGUCUUCAGCUGUUGAGAUCCUUGUGUCUCCUCAGCAGGAAAGUCCAAUUCUCCGGUGUCAGUUUUCCAAGUCAUCAAUGUCUUCUCUUGAGAAGGAAGAGGAUCCUCUGCCCAUUAGGCUGGAAGAGUCUGGUGAGCCUCAGGAAGCGUCUUCAGAAGAAGCCAAGGUUGUUGUUUCUGAGCAGCAAGUCCCUGAGUUGCCUGUGAGCAUUGCUGAGGUUCGUCCACGGUUCACCAUUGCUCCUGCAUGGCAGAGGUCACUGGCCUCACCAGAGUCACAGACUGAAGAUACUAAUGUUUUGUCUCCACAAACAACUCAAGUCAUCGUUCCCAUCCUUGAAGAGCGACCCAAACCAGCCCGCACUCAGAGUUCUCCAACACUGCCGGUCCAGAAAGAGGCUGUUCAUGUGGAAGAAGAGAAGAACCCGGAGAACCCAUUCGGGGUGCGGUUGAGAAAGACUCCAGUUUUGCACCGUUAUGGUUUGGAUGGAGAAGCAUCUUGGAGCGGCACUCAGACUGCAGAGUCUGUAGGGCCGCAAGAGACACCAGAUCAAGAGCAGAACGACAGGAAGCCCAUCCUACUGAAAAAACCCGAACUCAUGUUUGAUCCAGGGAUGUCAGCAAGGAAAGUGCCAGAGACAGUGGGCAGAAUGUCAGUUGGUAGUUCAGAGUCUCCUAGCUGGAUCUCUGUGGCUCGACAGAAACAGAGGAACUUCAUAGAGAGCUCGUCACCAGAAAACUCUCCAGAGAAACUACCAGCACAAGUUCAGGGAGACGUUAAAAGACAGGAUUCAUCGCCCAGUUUAUCAGCUCCAGUCGUCAAAGAGCAGCUCACACAGCCGUGUUCACCUUUACAAGUGUUCUGCUCUCUUGAGCUCUCCAACACAUCCAUGGUGGAGAAGGAAAGUAAGAGGAUCAGUAGCCCGUCCACUGCACCUCUGGCCCAGGACGAGCCGCCCUGGCUGGCCCUCGCUAAGAAGAAAGCCAAAGCAUGGAGUGAGAUGCCACAGAUCGUCCAAUAAAAGGCCAGCUAGCAUAUGGACUUCUUCUCAAUAUUUACAUAAACAAUAGACAUAAGCAGUAACAUGACACACAGCCUAAUUGCACUUGAAGGGGUAGUUCACCUGAAACUAAAAAUCGUUUGCUCACCCUUUACUUGUUUCAAACCUUUAUGAGUUUCUUCUGUUAAACACAAAAAAGAGUAUUUUGAAAAAUGAUGAGUUUCAUAUGUUUUCCUACUAUUGGAUAGAAGUUUUCAAUAAAAUAACUUCUUGUGUGUUGAACAGAAGAAAAAACCUAUAAUGGUUUGAAAGCAUUUGAGGAUGAGUAAAUAGUGUGUCAAUAGUAUUUUUGGGUGAACUAUUUCUUAGAGCCGUCUGGUGUCACUUGUGUGUUUUUUUACGACAUCACAAAGGAUACAUCAUAUUUGUGUAAUGAUUUGGUUUGCAGCAAAACACAUUUUCAUUUCGUAAAGGAGAGGGUUUGAAAUGCUUUGAUAUGAGGACGGUCGAAGUGAAUGAUUUUUGCAAUCGAACAAGAAACCGAUGAGCCGCCAUCAAAGCUGUGUUUUUAUUUACGACCAUGAGAGGAAAACCUUCACUGCUCUUUACUAAGUUACUCUGCUAUGUUAUAUUAUAGUCUUUCCAGUAACACAGUUAUCCUGAACGCAGCCGAAGGUGUCUUUGUAUUUAUUUAUCUCACUCUUGUAUGUUUUAUGUAUUUUUGUAUUUACAUGCACAGUUUUGUGACUUGUACAUAAAAAUGUGAAGUACAAUAAAAAUCAGAUCAUAAA